CCGCGCCCGACUUCUCGAUUAAAUCGACCGCGGAGCGCGCGGUCCAUCUGGGAUCUAGGCCGGAGCCAUGCAGCAGCAGUCAGCUGUGUGUGGUGCGUCUGCCCCCCCAAUGGCGGGCAGCACACGCGUGUAGUCCCACGCGCGCGACGGAUCCCCGAGAAGAGAGAGAGAGAGAGAGCUCAGGCCACGUUUUCCCCGAGCGAGUUUCCCGUGGAGGAACAAAAAAAAUACGUCCCCCUUUGUUCGAAUCGAUAUUUCGCAACGCGUGUGCACCGCUCGUACACACCGCACGCCUCCGCUCUGCUUAGCGGCGGCGUGACGGCCACGCGCCAUUAGAUUCCGGAGGUUUUGAGGUUUUUAGCAUACAGUGAGCGUGUACCUCUCUCCUCCCCUGCCCGUAGAAUCAGUGAGCUAUUGUCACUGUGAUCGGAAGUUACCAAGUGGUUCUGUGAACCGGAGAGGGAAGGAUGUCACUAAAACCCAAGAGAGUGGACUUUAAUAAGACAUGGCACGUACUGCAAGAGACUAUCAAGGGAGUAAUAACGUUGGCCAAUAUCCCGCGUGCUAUAUGGAACGACAGAUUUAGCGACGUUUACUCCUUAUGCGUUGCGUACCCCGAGCCGCUGGCGGACCGUUUGUACGACGAGACAAAGAGGUUUUUGGUUAAUCAUGUAGACCAUUUGCUGGUGCAGGUCAAUUCGUACAAUGACAACAAGUGGGAUCUGCUUACGGCGUAUUAUCGCGCCUGGACAGAGUACUCGCAGGGCAUUUACUACUUGCACAGCCUGUACUUAUACCUCAAUCAACAGCACAUCAAGAAGCAGAAGCUCUCCGAGGCGGAGCUCAUCUAUGGCACGAGUUUGCACAACAGGGAGGAGGAGUGUCAGGAGCAGAUGGAGAUCGGUGAGCUAGGUCUGGACAUUUGGAAGAAAAAAAUGAUAAUACCGCUCGAGGAGAAGCUCGUCACUCUUCUGCUCGCGUGCAUCGACGCCGAUAGAUAUUCGAAAGUUCUCGCGCCGACCGACGUCAUUUGUGGUGUCAUAGAAAGUUUUGUUCGGGUGGAAGAGCACAAGAUGAAAGGAAAACUAAACUUGUAUCAAGAAAUUUUCGAGGAGCCUUUUUUGGAGGCUAGUGGAGAGUUUUACACAGCGGAGGCGUCAGCGUUGCUGCUGCAGUCGAACGUUACGCGCUACAUAGAGAAAGUAACGUGGAGACUCGCGCAAGAGGAGGCACGCGCUUAUAAGUUCCUUCACAAGAGUUCUGUAGCAAAAGUCAGAGCGUGUUGUGAGGACAAAAUGGUAGCCGCACACGUGAAUUUGCUUCAUUCGGAGGCUGAGAUAAUGAUAAAAAAUGAGAGCAGACGAGAUUUGGCUCUUCUGUAUCCGUUAUUGAGGUCAUUGCCUGGAGGUUUAGAUCCACUUGUGCAGCAUCUCUCUCGUCACAUUACGGCGCAAGGAUUACAGGCAAUUGGACCUUUGCAAGGAGAAAAUGUGAAUAAAACAGAAUAUUUAAAAGUGUAUAUGCAGUUUGUGGAGAAUAUGUUAAAUGUACAUUCAAAAUAUUCCGAAAUGAUUAAGGAAGUGUUCAAUUCAGAUCAAAGUUUUGUAGGAGCUCUCGAUAAGGCCUGCUCCGCAAUUGUGAAUCACAGACCCACCCCGAAGCAGUCUGUUCGAGCGCCAGAAUUGCUCGCGAGGUAUUGCGACAUUCUGCUGAAAAAGUCUCCCAGAGCUGCCUCCGAGAGCGAAAUCGAGGACAAACUGAAACGCUCCAUAACCGUGUUCAAGUACGUGGACGACAAGGACGUGUUCCAAAAGUUCUACUCGCGUAUGCUGGCGAAGCGACUGAUACAUCAGCAGUCGCAGUCGAUGGACGCCGAGGAGAUGAUGAUUGACGAUCUGAAACGGGCGUGCGGUUACGAGUUCACGAACAAGCUCCAUCGCAUGUUCACGGACAUGUCCGUCUCGGCGGAUCUCAACGCGAAGUUUACGGCGACGUUGCGGGAGGGCGAAGGCGAGAAUCAAUUGGGCACCGGUUUCGCGGUCAAGGUGCUGCAAGCCGGCGCCUGGCCGCUCGGUCUACCGCCGUCGCCCGGGCCGUUCCACGUUCCGCAGCAACUGGAGAAAUCCGUCCAGGCAUUCGAGGCGUUCUAUCACAUGCAGUUCAGCGGCCGGAAGCUCACGUGGCUGCACCAUCUGAGCCAGGGUGAGCUCAAAUUCAAUUACCUGAAGAAACCGUACUUGGUCACUGUGCAAACGUAUCAAAUGGCGUUGCUGCUGCUCUUCGAGCAUUGCGACACGAUACUGUGCAAGGAGGCGGCCGCGUCGUUACGUCUGUCGCACGAUCAGCUGGUGAAGCACGCCGCUAGCCUUGUGGAGUGUAAGAUCCUCAACAAGUCCAACGACGGCGAACUGGAGGAGGACUCCGUUCUCACGCUCAAUUUUAGUUACUCCAACAAGAGGACGAAGUUCCGCGUGACGGGCGUGUUGCAGCGAGACGCUCCGCAGGACGCGGAGGCCACGCACCGUAGCGUGGACGAGGACAGGAAGAUGUUCUUGCAAGCAGCUAUAGUGCGCAUCAUGAAGAGUCGCAAGGUAUUGAAGCACAAUCAGCUCAUGCAGGAGGUGUUGAGUCAAUCAAAAGUUACCUUCGCACCUUCUAUCGGAAUGAUUAAAAAGUGCAUUGAAACUCUAAUAGAUAAACAGUAUAUCGAACGUACGGCAAACAGCCCGGACGAAUAUUCAUACAUUGCGUAACCUCUUAACGUCUGUCACUAAUUUAUUUCACUUGAGAUGCGUUCCAAACGACGUUCUCCCGAGAGUCAGCGGAGCUCUGCUCGACAAGGCUAAUCGACUAAUUAGCUUCGACGAUUUGAAAUCUUUGAGGAUAAUUAGUUGUGAAAAAGAAAAAGAGAAAAAUCUGUGGAGGAAAAUGAACUCUCAACAACAUUUGAAAGAUCGGGAAAAGCAUCUUAGAUCGCUUAUUUGCUCUUAGGAUCAAUCAAUUAAUUAAUAAAUACUUUAAUUAAUUUACUGACUUGUAACAUAAUGCACACUAAAUAAAGUUGACGUUACUAUUUUAUAUCGGAGUAACAGAGAGUAAUUUUA